UAUAUAACAUUAAUCUAAGUGUGAUUAACUUCAACUGAUUUGCAUCAGUAGUUGAGUAUCUUCUUCAUCUUAGAUAAUAUGUGUCUGUACUUUGUACUAGGAUUAACCCUAAAGUUGGAGAAAGAAUAAACAUGCAGGGAAAGUCAAUUAGUUUCUGGAGUAAAGCAGGAUUUAAUGAGUUUGAUCCAUUAGAAAAGAUGGGAUGGCGUGUGAAGAAAGCUCCUGCAAGAAGUACCACGAUUCUCUUAAUCUUCAUUCUGUUCUUGGGUGUUUACAUGUACUCUAAUUACCGCAUCGAUUCUAACUUGCUUACAAGCAGUACGUCCGGGAACAAUCUGCUUGUUCAAACCCAAAAGACUACUAAGAUAGCUGAAAUUCCACUAAAUUGCUCAGCGGGAAAACUUACACGUACUUGCCCUACAAAUUAUCCUGAAAAUGUUAGCACAUCUUCCUCGUCAACGGAAUGCCCAAACUAUUUCCGAUGGAUACACGAAGAUUUGCGACCAUGGAAGAACACAGGAAUCACACUAGAUAUGAUAGAGAGGGCAAAACGAACUGCGAAUUUCAGACUUAUAAUUCUGGACGGGAAAGCUUAUAUGGAGAUGUAUAAGAAAUCAUUUCAUUCCAGAGAUAUGAAUACAGUAUGGGGUAUUUUACAAUUGUUGAGGAGGUAUCCGGGGAAGUUACUGGAUUUGGAUCUCAUGUUUGAUUGCCUUGAUUGGCCAGCCAUUAAAUCAAGUGAUUAUCAAGGACCUAAUGCCACAACUGCACCACCACUGUUUUGCUACUCUGGAAACGCCGAAACAUUGGAUAUUGUCUUUCCGGAUUGGUCUUUUUGGGGUUGGCCUGAAAUUAAUAUCAAACCGUGGAAUAUCCUAUCGAAGGAGAUCAAGGAAGGAAACAAAAACACAAAAUGGAUGGACAGAACCAGAUAUGCGUAUUGGAAAGGAAAUCCUUCUGUAGCUCCAAACAGGCGGGAGUUCAUCAAAUGCAAUGUUUCUGAAAAGCAUGACUGGAAUGCACGUCUCUAUGCACAGGACUGGAGGGCUGAAACUCGAAAAGGUUACCAAAACUCUAACUUAGCAACCCAAUGCACUCACAGGUACAAGAUUUAUAUUGAAGGACAAGCUUGGUCUGUUAGCGAGAAAUACAUUCUCGCAUGUGAUUCUCCCACGUUACUGAUAAAGCCUAUCUACUACGACUUCUUCACCAGAGGUUUAGUACCUAUGCAGCAUUACUGGCCUAUCAAGGAAAAGGACAGUUGCAAAUCUAUUAAGUUCGCUGUUGACUGGGGUAAUGAUCACCCGGAGGAGGUUCAAGCCAUUGGAAGUGCAGCAAGCAAGUUUAUGCACGAGGGUCUAAAGAUGGAUAAUGUGUAUGACUACAUGUUCCAUCUUCUGAACCAAUACGCUAAACUUUUAAGAUACAAGCCCACCAUACCGCCAAAAGCUGUAAAUGUAUGCUCGGAGACUCUUGCUUGUCAAGCAGACGGAACGGCGAAAACGUUUAUGAUGGAAUCCAUGGUGAAGUCGCCUAGUGAUAGUAGCCCAUGCACCCUACCUCUUCCAUUUGACUCUCCAGAUCUCCAGGACUUGCUUAGGAAAAAUGAAGAAUCUAUAAAAGAAAUGGAGAUGUUGGAGAGUAGAUUUUGGGAGAACCAACCCAAGCAAAUUUAGGAUGUCAUUAUGCCAUCUCUUGGUUUAUCUGCAAAGUUGAAUGUAUUUUGAAGAGACAAGACUCGGAUGACUGAUGUAUUUUCUUAAGGUUGGACCAAUUAUUAUAUCACUACAUUAUAAUCCCUAUAAAAUGAUAGCAUCGCGGCUGACAAAACUUAUCAAUUUAUCGCGAUAUUAAAUAAUCGUAUAAA